UAACCUCAGCCGCCUACAUUAUCCCUUUCCUCCAUCGCUUGAAAUAUCUUGUCAUCUUACGAGAAAUAGGCACAGUAGAAUCAUCAGCAGCAUCAUCAUCACCAUCAAGAAACUUGGCAGAACUGAUCAAGAAUGAUUAGCAGCUGAAACCAACCAAUAUUUGUUUUUUCAUCACUGUUAGUAUUUAUUAAUUUCUCUCUUCUUCAAUUCUUGUGCACCACCCACUUUACACAAAAUCUUAUCACCAAAAAGCACAACCAUUUCUCCUUCUGCUUCGACACAUCUGUCAUCUACAGCGAAUAAACACAGUAACCUUCUGUCUCUCUCUCUCUACAAACAUGAGCCCUGACGACUCCUUAAGAUCUCUCUCUCUAGACUACCUCAACCUCCUCAUCAACGGCCAAGCCUUCAGCGAUGUCACCUUCAGCGUUGAAGGCCGCCUUAUCCACGCUCACCGCUGCAUUUUAGCCGCCCGCAGCGCCUUCUUCCGGAAAUUCUUCUGCGCCCCGGACUCCGGCGGCCUCGACCCGCUCCGAUCGGGCCAGGUUCGCCAGGUCAUCCCCGUCAACUCUGUCGGCUAUGAAGUUUUCCUUCUCAUGCUUCAGUUCUUGUACAGCGGCCAAGCCUCGGUUGUACCUCACAAGCACGAGCCCCGCCCUAAUUGCGGGGAGAGGGGCUGCUGGCACACGCAUUGCUCCUCCGCCGUCGAUCUCGCCGUCGACACGCUCGCCGCCGCUAGAUCCUUCGGCGUCGAACAACUCGCUUUGCUCACUCAGAAGCAGUUAACGAGCAUGGUGGAGAAAGCUUCGAUCGAAGAUGUGAUGAAAGUCCUAAUCGCGGCGAGAAAUCACGACAUGCAGCAGCUAUGGAACACCUGCUCUCACCUCGUCGCGAAAUCGGGGCUGCCGUCGGAGAUCCUGGCCAAGCACCUCCCAAUGGACGUCGUGUCCAUAAUCGAGGACCUCCGCCUCAAAUCCUCCCUCUCCCGCCGCCCGAUCCUCCCCAGCCACCACCACCUCUGCGCCGCGGCGGAUCUCGAGGAGCAGAAGAUCCGCCGCAUGCGCCGCGCUUUAGACUCCUCCGAUGUGGAGCUCGUGAAGCUGAUGGUGAUGGGAGAAGGCCUCAAUCUCGACGAGGUCCUCGCUCUCCACUACGCCGUGGAGAAUUGCAGCAGAGAGGUCGUGAAGGCGCUGCUCGAACUCGGCGCCGCCGAUGUGAACCUCCGCGCGGGCCCCGCGGGGAAGACGCCGCUCCACGUGGCGGCGGAGAUGGUGUCGCCGGACAUGGUGGCGGUGCUGCUCGACCACCACGCCGAUCCGACGUGCCGCACCGUGGACGGCGUGACGCCGCUGGACGUGCUCCGAACCCUAACUUCGGAUUUCCUGUUCAAAGGCGCGGUCCCUGGAUUGAACCACGUGGAGCCGAAUAAGUUGAGGCUUUGCCUCGAGCUGGUGCAGUCCGCGGUUAUGGUGAUCACUAGAGAGGAGGGGAACUCGUCGGAGCCGCCGUGCACCGUCCCGAUUUUCCCCCAAAUUAGCGAUGAUAAUAGCGGCGGGGGAAUGGCGCGGCACGGUAAUGCCAUGUAUCAUCACCUCUCACUUGAUCAGUAUUGACUUCUUCACUCUAUCUCUCUCUCCCUCUCAAGGUAAUAAUGUGUGAUCAUCAGAAUCCAUGCAUGGAGCUAAAUUAGUUGAUUAACUUUAAUUAUUUGUUUUCAAGCACUUUUCCAUAUAUAUUUUCUUCUUUUUUUUUCUAAAUUUAUUUCUGGAUUAUUGUUAAUUAUAAACGAUUCUGUUGAUUAAUUGCCAACGUUGAUCAAUUACUAAUUAGCUUAGAUUUG